AUGGCCGAAGUCUUUGGUAUCGUAGCAGGCGCCGUAGGCCUCGCUUCAGCCCUAGGCGCGUGCAUCGAUGGAAUUGGCAGCAUCCAAGCCGGUCGCCAUCUUGGAUCUGAUUUUCAGAACUUUCAAUUACGGUUGAGAAUGCUCGAACUGCGGCUCUCACGCUGGGGAGAAGCGUUAGGGGUCGACGAAGAUCCACAAUUGAGAAACCCAUUAGCAAACAACGAUCAAAUUAGAACUGCAAAAGAUGCGCUUAUUCGAAUCCUCGAACUUCUCGAGGAAUCAAAUAAGCUAUCUCAAAAGUUCCGGCCAUCAUGUGACCAGACCGAAGAUCAUUCGGAACGGAAUGAAGGAGGAGUAAAGAAUGAACAUUCUUUAAGCAGAAAAAUCCGGGAGGUAGUUGCGCGGCGCAGACGAAAUGGAACUAACCCGAUGAAGACCACGCGCUGGGUGCUUUACAGUAGAGAACAUGCGAUGCAACUUAUCAGCGAUAUCACAUCGUUGAUUGAUUUGUUGCAGCAAAUAUAUCCAAUGCCCGAUAAGGAGCAAGAACUGGCCAGAGAGGAAGUCAAACAGCUUACUUCAGCCAUUGCCGAUCAAGGGUCCACGAUACGGCACUUGCAACAACUUGUACAAGGCAUCGAUAAUGACAUGAAAAAGGCGAUUGAAUCCGUCGAAAGAAAAGGCCACCAGUAUGGAGACGUAUCCAUGGAAGAGAAUGCCCGCAUUCAGAAUGGGCAUACCUUCACUCGAGCUUGGGAGGGGACAUCUUCUCUACCGGUAGGACCGAGCAUGACUUUUACUCAUAUGAGAGCAUCGGGCUCCUCGCGAGUUCGUAACGGAGAUGUAUACGUAGAGAAGGACGACUUUUGGUCGUAG